GAUGAGAGGAGCAGCUAUGAGUUUAACUGCAGCAGCGAGUGGAUUAGUUGUCUUCCUGCUCUCUGUGUCAGAUGCUCCGAAGCUCCCCUCUGUGUCAGUGAGUCACUCUGCUGAGAUAGAGGAGGGCAGUUCAGUGACUCUGACCUGUAGCAGUGAUGCUAACCCAGCAGCUAACUACACCUGGUACAAGGAGGAUGAAGACUCUCCAAAAGCUUCAGGACAGAUCUUCAACAUCUCUGACUUCAGAGCUGAACACAGUGGGAGUUAUUCCUGUGGAGCCCAGAACAAGUUAGGACGUAGUAACUCCACCUUACAUCUGAGUGUUGUGGCAGGGAGUUCAACAAUGAUAUUGAAUAUCAUCAGGACGACUCCGGUGGUCUUGAUUCUGAUUCCUGUGUUCCUCGUGGGUCUGUGGAUGAGGAAGAAGAAAACUAUUUCUCACCCCACCACUGAAGCACACGAACCUGAAGAGAUAGAGUUGGACUCUGAUCCUGUGUAUGAGAACUUCAGAGUCACUGCAGCACAUGGUGUGAAGUCCAGUCAGAUGCUCACUUGAUGGAAACAAAGAAGAAUUACAUUGAAAAAUCCCUGUGGAGAGCGAGGCUGUGCAGGAUGUGGACGGAUCUAGUAUGAGUCGGCAGCAUGUACGUCUAGAAGACUGUGCUGCCGGCAGCUUGAACUGAAUCAUGGCGAGGUGUCAAACAUGAUGUAUUAUUAGGAUCAGGUGAUGGUCAGCUGCUCUAUAUUACUGCUUCAACUAUGCAUGCUUUUUUUAAUUGGUAGAGUAAGUGAUAACACAGAAG